AUGGCCGCCACCUACACCUACUACGAGUGCCUGCUCCACGAACCCGGGCAGGCCAUCAUCUUCGUGGACCACGGCGGGGGGGCAGUGGGCUCGGCGCUGCAUGUGCACAUGGACGGGGCCAGCCUGCACUACUCGGCGCCGCGGCGGGCGUGGGCGGCUGUCGAGGAGGCAGUCAGGGACAAAAGGGCGGUCGGGACGGUGCCCGCGGAGGGCGGGGACGAGCGGGUGCGGGAGGUGGCGGGCCGGCUGGCCCUGCCGAGGCGAGGAGGGGUGGAGGAGUGGCUUGGGGAGGUGAGGGGAAAGCUGGUCGAGGAGAAUGUGCUGUCGGCUUGUGGUGAGGGGGAUAGUAGUGUAUAA